UUUUGAUUGAAGUGAGUCCCGGUCCAAACCCACCCAAUCGACCGCGCCGCCCAGAGUAGCAGAGGAGCAUCCGGCAGCCGGCGGCGGCGGCGGCGGCGGCGACCACGACUCGAUUCUGGCCGCUGUCCAUCCAUCCCAAGUCCUCCCAACGUCUCCAACCCACGACCAGCGGCGUUGGAAAACAUGCGCGGCGGCCGCGGUUUCGGCGGGGGCGGCGGUCUCCGGAACCCCUGCCUCACGAUGCACCAGCCGUGGGCGUCGCUGCUGGUGCACGGCAUCAAGCGCGUGGAGGGCCGCUCCUGGCCGUCCCCGGUCACUGGCCGCCUCUGGAUCCACGCCGCCUCCAAGGUGCCCGACCCGGACACCGUCGCCGCCAUGGAGGCCUUCUACCGGGAGAUCCAUGCCGUUGAUGGGGUCACCCACAUCGACUUCCCCCACCACUACCCCGUCUCCCGCCUCCUCGGGUGUGUUGAGGUUGUGGGCUGCGUCAGGUCCGAAGAGCUGGUCUGCUGGGAGGACGUGCCUGAAUCAGUCAGGCUGGAAGGCUUGACUGACUUUUGCUGGCUCUGCGAGAAUCCACAGAAAUUGGUGGUUCCGUUUGAGAUGCGUGGCUACCAGGGUGUAUACAAUUUAGAAAAAAAGAUCUUCGAGGGAGCAGUCAGGGGUCUUUUGCCUGUUCAAGGUCCACUGCCGGUCAAGUUCCGGCUUGCAGAUCCCAGAAACCCCUUCUCUCUCAAGCCAGGAUCUCUGAAUUUUGAAUCUUCAAAGUCCACACUAGUCAAAACUCCUAGUGUCUCUGCAGCGAUAGCCGGUGCUCGAGCUGCUGCGAAUCAGUAUUCACGGAAGGAGCAUAAUGCUGCUGUGGCCACUAGCAGUGAGAUCCAGACGAGAAAUAAAUCAAGGGAAAACUGUGCGGAUGACAGUUCAGGAAGUGGUAGUCUGCCUUCGGUUGUCCAGGACACUCCAUCCUAUUCGAUCCGCCAGGAUCCAUCUCCCAUUGUUCAGAACAGUCCAUCCUAUUCACAAAACCAGAAUCCACCCUCCGUCGCCUUGAAGAGUCCGUCCUAUUCGCAAAACCGGAAUCCUCUACCUACUGUCCAGAACAUUGCAUCCUAUUCACAGAACCAAAAUCCUGUAUCCAUUGUCGGUAGCAUUCCAAUAUAUUCGCAAAGCCAGAAUCCUCCGUCCAUUGUCCAUACCAUUCCAUCCUAUCUGCACAACCAAAUUCCUGUGUCCAUUGUCGGCAGCAUUCCAAUCUAUUCGCAAGGCAACAUUCCACCGUACUUGCAAAACCAGAAUUCACUGGGCAAUGUACAGAACAGUUCAUCUUGUUCGCAAAACCAGAAUCCAUCGGCCAAUGUCCAGAACAGUCCGUUCUUUUCGCAUAAUCGGAAUCUGCCGUCCAUUGUGCAGAACAGCCCAUCCUAUUCGCAUAGCCACAACCCAUUGCCUACUGUCCAGAGCCGUCGAUCCUAUUUGCAAAACCAUAAUCCAUCAUUCGCCGUCGAGAACAGCCCAUCAGUUUUGCAUAACCAGAACGCUGAGCCUCGGAGAAGCCCCAGACUACAAAGCGAAAUUUCUAGCAGGCUUGUUGCAGCGGCACUGAGGGAGCUGAAGCAGCCAAGCUUCCGCCAGGGCAGAGAGCGAUGGGUUCCCAAAAGCCAACCUGAAUAAUCUGGGUCAGUGACGGUGCUGGUAUGAUGUGUUUGGCAAGUCCGUGCCUUGUGAGUUUUGCAGGGAUUAGUGCUUUAGACUAUAUGGUAGAUCGAAUUGACAGUUUUUCAUACAUGUAACUUUGUCAUUUAUACAUGUAACGUUUGAUACACCGAUUUGAACUGUGCAGUGAGAACACACAAUCGUUAUCAGGUAGGUUAGGUGGUUUCUCUUUCUUGGACACAGUGAUGUUAUUAUGCUAGAGACGCAGAUUAAAGGACUAGUACUAAUGUUAAUGUAUAUCAUUAUUAUUGUUCUUUGGAGCUUUCA